CAAGCAAUGCACUCAAGCGAGGUUCAAGCAAGUCGUUGAGUUUGUUGCCAUAGUGACUUCAGCGACAACUAACAUGGCUGCGGGAGAUUCGUUGGAACAAAAAUUCACCUUUAAUUUAAUUUAUUGUAAAACAUUUUCCUUUCUUCAAGACAGAAAUACUACAGAACUCUUGAUGAAAUGGUCCAUGCUGGGGCGAAUAACCGCACAAGCCUUUACUUUUGAUCAGCCAUUCCAUCCUUACAAAUCACACGAGUUCGUGUCGGAUUUCUUCAAAGAUCCAUGUGUUCUGUCCAAUUUGAAAGUGGUAGGAGCUGCUGGAUUAUGGAAAAAUUUAGGAAGGAAAGUGACUAACGUAACAGUGGAAACGGUGCCGUGCACAAAGAUUUCCGUGGAUAUGUUUGAUCCCCUCUAUUCCUGCGGAAUCGUGCGACCUACUGGGCACAUAACUCAAUGCUUUCACGAGUACUAUGCAGACUUUGAUGAACUAAGAAAGAUGCUGAUGAUUGAAGACUCUGAAAAUUAUGAAAUAAUCAGUCGAGAAGAUCGACAGGAAUUUCUGUUCAGGCUGUUCAAACACCUUUGCUUAGGAGGGGAACUUUGUCAGUACGAGGACAUUGUCACCCAUUAUAUUGAAACUACAAGAUUAAUUUACAAGGAUAUUCUCAGUGUUCAGAAAGAUCCAGAAACAAAAGAAAUCAAAAUUGUCUCAACAGUUCUGAAAGUCACAGCCUAUGAUGACUCUGGAUUGUGCUACCCAUCAGAAACAGAGGAUGAUCAGACCUUUGCUUACUUAAUUGUUGACCCUUUCAAACGGAAUGUGAAUGUCCUGUACCAUUCCUAUGGAAUUGGGGUGGUUACAGACACUGAUAGAGAUAUGUCUCACACUGAGCUGGUCCAAUAAAUUAUUUGGGGAAAGAGAAAAAGGCAGUACAGUCCGAUAAGCAACAAACAACUCUUUAGUCCAAAGUUUUUAGUCCAACUUGUUGUGGCCUAUAUGUAUUAUUCAAAAACUAAUUUCCCACUACUUUAUCUAUCUUAAAGUAUAGACAUGUUAUUUAAUAUUUUCAUAAAAGAUGAUGGAAUGGUUCUGUCACACUCAUCCCACAAAAAAACAAGAACAGUGUUUUAUUUAUUCUUACAUUUCCUUGUACAGUAUAUAUUAUGUUAUGAUCUUACAUAGGGCCCCUGGCCAAUAGACUGCAUGGUCCCAACAGGGCUGGGAGGUGUCUCCACAAGAAAAUCAGGACCUGAUGGCUGUACCUCAAAAUUUUCUUUGACAGAAACAUUCAAUGUAAAGUGCUGUUCCUCAGUUAUUGCUGUGCUUGGUCAUUACCUAUUGUCAGGAAAAUAUAAAGAAAAUCUAUUUUGCAGCAGUGUAAUAUAUGAAAAAUUUUCCUGGCAAUUUGUAUAUGUUCAAUGUAUUGUGAAGUACUGAAUUAUACUAUAAAUGUUUUCAAAUAUUCGUUUUUCUAUUGUGGCAGAUUAGAUGCAUCAGUGUAUUGCUGCCUUCCGCUGUUAAAAAACAGCCACUAAUGCAGUGGUUUUCAAACUCAGUCCUGCGGACCCUGUGUAUGCUGGUUUUUGCUCCAACCACAUCUGCAAUCCCAUAGUUUUGACAAGAUAUAUUUUUUUCUUAAUUAUACUUCUCCUGUUUUGAGGGAAUAUAUACCCUCUUAAACUAUAUUAUGUCAGAAAUAAUUAUUAUCAUUAAUAACAUUGUGCUAUAUUGCAAAUGAUUACUGUAAAUGAAGAGAGGUUUUUUUUUUUUAACUGAUCAAAUUAAAGACUGAGGUGAAACAACAGGCUCCUAAUUGGUGGAAGUGUGGACGCUAAAACAAGCCAUUUGGUUGAUCAUGAAGAAUUCAAAGAAAAUGAUAAAUCAAACCUACAUUGUGUUACACAAUGCAGGUUUGGCUCAUUAUCAUUUUCAAAGCAAUUAGGAGCCAAUUGAUUCACCUUGCUCUUUAAUUUGAUCAGUUAAAAAAAUGACCUCUCUUUAUGUAAGCACUUGCAAUCUAGCACUAUGUACAUAUGGGAUUUUUAUUCUUCAUGGCAUGCAUAGCUCUUUCUGACACUGUGGCUAAGGGUAAAUAAUCCCUCAAAACAGCAAAAUUGUAAUUAAGACAAAUUAACAGUUUGUUAAAUCUAUGGGAUUACAACUGUGGUUUGAACACAGACAAGCAUACACAAGGGUCCCCAGGAAAACCACUGCACUAAUGUUUAUUCCAUCUAAUGUAGCCCAUAUUCUAGUAAACAGGCCAAUACAGUAAAGAAAUGGCAACAUUUUUUUUUAUUAUUAAAGGCUGGUUUUCAGUUCCUCUGAGCAAAGUCUCCAGUUAAAAUUAUGCCACUUCCAACUUAGAAAGCUCCGCGAACUAAGUUUUUCUUUCUUGAUAAUCCUGUUCACAGGAAAAUAUUACAUGCAAGCCAGCCACCUCCUUAUCCCACAACGACCUAACCUGAGUCAUUUUAACUGCUUUUUUCAUCCCUCAAAAAUAACCCCCCCCCUUUUCUAAGCUGUCGGUUGGAUAUUAAAAUGAUACCUUCCUCUCCACUUUGAAUUGCUCAACUGUUCUCUCAUUAAUAACGCUUUUAUAUUAUAAUCUAAUUUAACAUAUGAUGCAGUUAAUUUCUUGGUCAAGCUAAUCUUAUAUGCCCUCUCCUUUUAUUCUAUACCCACAUGUUUUGAAAUAUUUUCAAUUUCUGUAAAGAUUUGUCUGUUUCACAUGCAGUCAUAUGCAGAGUGACUUAUACAGCAUGGGUAUUGAUGUUGUAAUUAAGUUCAUGCACUGAAUAUACACUCACAAUAAAGAUGAAAUUAUGUCAGUACAUAAUGAAUGUCUGUGAUAGCUGUGUUUCAUUUUCCGUAAAGCCACAUACCUGUUGUUUUCUAGUAUGGUCAUUUUUACUGUUUUAUGGCAAUGCACUCAAUGCAUUCUCUUACUGCAGAGAAUAAUUGUCUCUAAGAAUUAUGCUCUUUAUAUUGAUUAUCAUGUAUUGACCACAGUGACACAAUAAAAUGAUUAAAAAUCAGUUUGUUAAAAUGACUGUCAUGUUUAUGCUGUGCAUGAUCUCAGGUUAAUAAAUAUAAAAUGUUAA